AUGGGUGUGUCACAAUCUCAUUCGAGAUCUCCUUCUCGGGAACCUUUACCAAAUGAUCAUCAAGUAAUGGAUGUUCUUGAGCCAACUGAUAAAUCUUCGAAGCGUGGUAGAAAGCGAAAAGUUGCAAACGUAAAUGGAGUAGAGAUGAAAAAAGUUGCGAAGCUAAACACAUGCGCUUAUGUGUAUCAGAAACUCUUUUUAGAGGGAGAAGAUUCUGAUAUAACAAUUGCUGCAUGUGGUAGAGAAUGGAAAGUUCACAAGUUGUAUCUCAAGCAAACGAAGUUUUUUGAAUCAAUGUUCGAUGGCGCUUGGGCAGAAUCAAAGACUGGUCGAGUUGACAUGGAAAUCACAGAUCCAAAUAUUGAUGGGGAUGGAUUGAAUGCAGUACUCGGGUGUCUAUAUCAUAACGAAAUUGAAAUUGAUCUAGAGAACAUCGAAGCAACAGUUGCAGCUGCUUCGUAUAUUGUUCUAGAAAGUGUGACUGAGCGAUGUGCUGAAAUGAUGAUUGAGGCGUUGUCAACAAGCAAUGCCGUUCGAUACUAUGAGCUGUCGACUAAAUAUGGAUUAGAUGGUGUUCGAGUGAAGUCACUGGAAUUAUUGCUCCAUCAGUUCUUCAAGAUAAUGACAGAUAAAGAAAUGCUCCGGGAACUUGACCACGAUCUUCUAGUAACACUUCUUACUUCACCAAAUCUUUUCAUAAUGGAGGGAGAAUACGAUCUUUACAAAACAGUGAGAUUGUGGAUCUAUAUGAAAGAGUGCCCGGAUUGCGACAUUGAUCAAAAACCAGACACUUUCUCUCAGAAUGUUUCGAGAUACUUCAGAGAUGCUCCACAAAAUUCUCUCUUCUUAAAAUACUCCGAAAUUUUCUCAUUUCUAAGAAUCGAGCAGUUUUUGAAUUGCUCAGAGACGAUCAAAGCAAUAAAAUCGGACUGUUUGAUUCCAUCGUCACUGAUUACAGAUAUGACUUCAGACUUAUGGAUGUCAUUAUUAGAAAAUGAAGAGAGUCAAAAGGCAUUAGAAAUAGAUGACGACGAGUUUUUCAGUAGAUGCAUUCGUUUGGGAAGAUCACUUGAUGUUUUUCCGAAGUGUUGGCGAUGGGUUGGAUACAAUUUUGGAAUUGAUCUUCUUCUUCAUGUAAAUGAUUAUUCUGUGAGCAUCAAGAGGAAUUGUCUCAACCAAAAAGCCCCUUAUUCUGUCAAUUUGAAAACAAAACAAGUUCUUCACUAUAGAUUGGUAAUUUGUGAAUCCAGUGGACGAAUUUGUUUCGAUAGUGGUAGAACGACAUGGGAGAUGAAACCAGACGAAGCAAAAACAGUUUGCCGAAUGAAUGAAGAUAUAUCAACACCAAUAUCAGUUCACUUUCAAUAUUUGAUUCAUAAACCAAUCGAUGGUACUCGAUAUGUCAACAAUUUUGUUGAUGACCAUUAUUCAUCUGACGGUGGCGAAAACGAAGAAAAUGAUGAUGAAGACUAG